UACGCAACUUCCGCUUCGUCGUCAUCGUCGUCGUCAUCGUCAUCAUCGCCGCGCGACGUUUUUCUCAGGCCCCCAAGCAAAGUUGCUGAAGCGAAAUCAUCUCUGUGAACAAAAACAUGGCACCAUCACCCACAAAGCGGAAGGAGGAGGAAAAAACAAAAGACAGAGGCAAAGAAAAGACUGGUGCCAAGGAAGGAGACAAGGAGAGAGGACGGGAGAAAGUGAGGAAACGCCGCAGUGCUUCUACUGGCAGCAGCAGCAGCAGGUCCAGAUCUAGCUCUACUUCAAGCAGCAGCUCAGGUUCCAGCUCAGGUUCCUCAAGUGGAUCCAGCUCAUCUGGUUCCAGCCGCUCUGGAUCUUCAAGCUCUCGUUCCUCCUCCUCCUCCAGCUCCUCAGGCUCCCCCAGCCCCAGCCGUAGACGCCAUGACAACCGCCGCCGCUCCCGCUCAGCGUCCAAAACACAGAAAAGGGGAGAUGACAAGGAGCGAAGAAAAAGAAGCCCAAGCCCCAAACCAACUAAAGUCCAUUUAGGGCGGCUGACCAGGAAUGUCACUAAGGACCACAUCCAGGAAAUCUUUUCCACUUAUGGAAAAAUCAAAAUGGUUGAAAUGCCAAUGGACAGGCUCCACCCACACCUGUCCAGGGGUUAUGCCUAUGUGGAGUUUGAGACUCCUGAUGAGGCUCAGAAGGCCCUCAAGUACAUGGAUGGAGGUCAGAUUGAUGGACAGGAAAUCACUGCAUCUGCUGUGCUUGCUCAACGAGUCCGGCCUCCACCUCGAAGACCUUCUCCACCACGCAGAAUGCCCCCACCACCACCUAUGUGGCGCCGCAGUCCACCGCGCAUGAGAAGAAGGUCCCGCUCCCCAAGGAGACGCUCCCCAGCACGCCGCCGAUCUCGCUCCAGAUCUCCCGGCCGCAGGCGUCACCGCUCUCGUUCCAGCUCUAACUCCUCCAGAUAGACGAGUUUCCUCCCUCCUGAUCUCUUAGAUAGUCUCUCUGAGCAACAGCAGUUCCUGUUUUCCCAGGCCUCGUGGACUCAUCAGAAAUUAAAUCAUCUGCAUUGUAGCCAACAAAACACAUGCCUACAUGUUUUUUUGUGCAAAUGUGAGUUUUUCUUUUUUUUUCAUAUUUUGUGUAAAGUUGAUCCUAAAAAGCUGGUUCUGUGUUUAUGUUGCGUUUGGAGUCCACUAAGAUCUACAAAUGUUUCUUUUUUUUUUUUAAUGUGACUUCUUUUUACCACAUACUGAAUUUUUAGACGUUUUGAAAAAAAUAAAAACACUGAAACACGAACAGAA